AUGUCUAAAAUUAAUGGUAUUGAAACAGAAUGGACUGUUUUGCAAAGACAACAUGGUAAUUUGCCAGAACUCCCAGAAGAAGAAGAAGUUGAUAAAGUAGCUUAUUUUAAAUCAGCAAAGGAAGAAUUUCAAAAUCAAUAUGCCGGAGCCACACUUGAACAAAUUAAUGAAUUAGAACAAGAUAGUAAAUAUAAUGAAGAAGAAGAUGAUUUCCUUCAACAAAUUAAAGCAAGACGUUUAUUAGAAUUAAAGCAAAAGCAAAUGGCCACCAAGUUUGGAGGAGUGCAAGAAAUUUCCGCCACUGAAUAUGUGAAAGAAGUUUGUCAAACUCCAGAUAAGACUACUUUUGUGGUUGUUCACUUGUAUGCUCCUGCAAUUGAAGAUUGUAAGAUUUUAGAUGAUCGUUUGACAAAACUUUCAAACAAAUUCCUAGAAGUUAAAUUUGUUCGUAUUAGAGGAAGUGCAGCAAUUCCAAACUUCCCUGAAAAGAAUUGCCCAACAUUGUUAAUUUAUAGAGGAGGUAAUAAUGUUGCUCAAUUUGUUGGAUUGGGUAAAAUUGGUGGAAGAGAAAUGACAGCCAAUGAUUUGGAAUGGAUUUUGUCAACCAUUGGUGUUGUUAAAUCGGAAAUGAAACAACCACCAUCAUCACGUGUUGCUGGAAAUUCUGGUUUCAAAUUUACUGGUGAUUUUUCUAGUACUGUUGGUUCUACGUCAACUGCUGCCAGAAGAUCCGCAUUCGAUUAUGAUGAAGAUGACGAAGAUGAUGACUACUAA